AUGUACAAAGUUUUUGCGUCGGGCGCGUGCCAAAAACAACGGGUUCUCUUUCGCAAAUGCCGCGUGGGCGUUCCAUUUUGCCGACGGAAGUGAGCAUCUUGAUAGAAUCGCACGAAAAACUGACAAAUUUUUCAGACAUUCAUCGAGUAGGAUUCGUCGACGGGCCGCAGCAACUAAUCAAGUUGCCGAUCUGACUUCCAUCGAGAAGGCUUUGAACGCUGUUUUGGAAAACGCCGAGUUGGAGGUUCUGUUCUUUUUUUCAAUAGAAAAUAAAAAAAUUUACAAUGGGCAGGGCUUCUAUGUGUAAGACUUAUAUUUUCAGAGUGUGGCUCCGCACACCGCGACCGUGAUGAUCUUCACGAAUUCGGCGUACGCGGCCAAAGGCAUCAGCGAGUGCGUGUCCAAGUGGAUCUGCAACGGUUUCAGAAACUGCAAAAGAAGACCUGUCGUCAACGAGGAACACUUUUUGCGUUUCGCAACUUGACGCAACUGUUCCAAGUGAGCAAUUCCCGCUUUUAUUUCCUACUUUCUUAUUUUCAGAAAGUAGAAGUCAUGUACAUUCCGAAGAAGGAUAACCGUCGGGCCCGUUGGAUGGCCAGAGAGAAGGCCAUGUCGGACCGUCCAGAGGAGAGCGGAAUGUUCGAAAAAAACGGAAUUCCGGUCGUCUACACCGACGGAUCGUGCACGAGGAACGGAUACGCUAACGCGAAAGCUGGGGCCGGAGUCUUCUGGGGACCCGAUGAUGCGCGCAACGGAAUGUACCCGGUGACGGGAGUGCAGACGAACAACCGCGCCAAGUACACCGCCGUCAUUGAAGCUCUGAAAAAGGUAGGAAGACUUCACCAACAACUCGAGAAGUUCUCUUUUCAGGCCCUGGCCCUUGAAAUCCUCCGGAUCUAUGUCAUCACCGACUGCAAGCUGAUCUUCAACACGAUGUACCUGUGGCUCGACGGGUGGAAGGAGGCCGGAUGGAUCAAUAGAAACGGCGUUCCGGUUGCGAACCGCGAUUUGAUCGAAGAAAUCGAGAGUCUGGUCGCACAAAUGAAGGUUUGUCAGAUGAGAGAUUUCACAUCAAAAACAUCCAAUCAUUUUCAGGAAGUGCGUUUCCGUCACAUCCGCGGCCAUUCUGGACAAGAAGGUAACGACGGAGCCGAUCGUCUGGCCAAGGAGGCUCGCGUGAUGUAUGGAGGCCGAAAAUAA